GAAAAAGAAGCAUCGAUUGCAUUUACCAAUUUUCAUUUUCCGGUCUCAACUGAAACCUCAGUCCGACGCCGGGAAACCGUUUUCAUAUCGGUAAACCAGUCUCAGAUUGCUUCAAAGCCUAAAUAGAAUGGACGGCAUUUCAAAUGCGUUUUCAGUGCUGGAGAUUGACGUCGACGACCAUCUUCCGCUAUCCACCGCUUCCACAAUUUCAGGUAAGAGCAAAAGCAAUGAAAAGGGUUCAAUUGAAGAUAAACAGAGUGAAGCGUAUUCAUCAUUGCUUUCAGAGAACUACAAGUUACCUCUUGUAUGGAUUGACAUGGAAAUGACUGGUUUAGACAUUGAAGUUGAUAGGAUCCUAGAGAUAGCUUGUAUAAUCACCGAUGGCAAGCUCACCAAAUCAGUGGAGGGUCCUGAUCUGGUUAUCCAUCAAUCUAAAGAAUGUUUAGAUAGAAUGGGGGAAUGGUGUCAAAAUCAUCACGGAGCUAGUGGAUUGACACAGAAAGUGCUCGAAAGUACAGUUAGUGAAAGAGAAGCCGAAAAACAGGUCAUUGAAUUUGUGAAGAGAAAUGUUGGUACAUACACACCUCAUAUAGCUGGAAAUUCUAUUUACAUGGAUUUUCUUUUCUUAAAGAAAUACAUGCCCGAUUUAGCUAGUCUUUUCUCUCAUGUAGUUGUCGACGUGAGCAGCAUCAGGGCCCUUUGCAUGCGCUGGUAUCCUAAAGAUCAAGAGAAUGCCCCUCUCAAAGAAAAGAAACACAGAGCCAUGGAUGAUAUCAAAGAGAGCAUAUUAGAACUCAAGUACUUCAAAGAGACGAUAUUUAAAGCAAAAUCGAAGAAGUGAACAAAAGACUGACAAAGUCAUGCAAAUGCUACUCUUUCUUGAGAAGUAAUAGAUCAUUUGAACUAGUUGUUUGUAAUUUUGGCGCAUGAAUUCUCAUUAUGCAGGGUUUAAAGCAAAUAUUAUUGCAUUCCCAUA